UCUGAUCCGUGGUGACAUCGUCGUCCUGUUGAGCGUACAAAUGACCGCCUAACACGGUCGACGUUUAUUAGCUGUAAAUCAAGUAGUUUUUUUUUUAAAGUAAUCCCAACGGUUUUUUUCUUCUUCUUCUUCGCACAGAUUUAAACGACACAUUCAAAGGCGGUCUUAACAACAUGUCAGAAAUGGACAGCAACCCGUUCGCGGACCCGGACCUCGGCAGCCCCUUCCAGGAUCCAUCAGUGACACAAGCGACACAUACUGCACCUCCUGGACUUGAAGAGUACAAUCCUUUUACCAACGCUAAACCAGUUUCCCAAAGUAUGGCACCGAAACCUGCAGCACACACAGCCGGCACGCAGCCUGCCAUCAUGAGACCCUCGGAGAAGCCCCCGGCCUACACACAAGCUCACACACAGGUUUCCCAAAGUAUGGCACCGAAACCUGCAGCACACACAGCCGGCACGCAGCCUGCCAUCAUGAGACCCUCGGAGAAGCCCCCGGCCUACACACAAGCUCACACACAGGAUCAGUCGUGGGCAGCAGCCGAGCUGUUGAGGAGACAGGAAGAGCUGGAGAGGAAGGCUGCUGAGCUGGAUCGCCGAGAGAGGGAAAUGCAGUCGCUCAGUGCCUCGGGAGGCAGGAAAAACAACUGGCCCCCCCUACCAGAGAAGUUCCCGGUGGGACCCUGUUUUUAUCAUGACAUCACGGUGGACAUUCCUGUUGAGUUCCAGAAGACGGUCAAGAUCAUGUACUACCUCUGGAUGUUCCAUACUGGGACGCUGCUUGCAAACAUGUUUGGCUGCCUGGCCUGGUUCUGUGUGGAUUCAGCUCGAGGAGUGGACUUUGGCUUGGCCAUCCUCUGGUUCAUAAUCUUCACACCUUGCUCUUUCGUUUGUUGGUACAGACCACUGUAUGGGGCUUUCAGGGGUGACAGCUCGUUCAGGUUCUUUGUCUUCUUCUUCGUCUACAUCACUCAGUUUGGCAUCUACGUUCUCCAGUCUAUUGGCAUCAGUGGGUGGGGGGCCAGUGGCUGGAUCUCCGCUCUAAUGGGCCUGAAUAAGAACAUCCCAGUGGGUAUCAUCAUGAUCCUUAUUGCUGCUCUCUUUACUUCCCUGGCUGUCAUGUCACUCAUCCUUUUCAAAAAGGUACACGGGAUGUACCGUACCACUGGUGCCAGCUUUGAGAAAGCCCAGCAGGAGUUUGCUACCGGCAUCAUUACCAAUAAGACGGUGCAGACGGCCGCCGCUAAUGCGGCCUCCAGGACCGCUCAUGGGACUGUCAAGGAGCAGAUCUGAUUUCCCCCCGCAGCCCGCUCACAUUUCUCCAUCCGGUCCACUAGCCCCUUUCCUCACGAUGCGACGCUCAUCUUCUACUUGGCCAACUGGCCUGCUUAAGAGUAGAGACCCCCCCUGCCUUGUAUGAAUAAUCUGACAGCACAACGGUUGGCGACCUGUUUCUACUUGCACAGUCUGUGAUGUAUUGUCUUGAUAGGGGGGAGAGGGAGAAUGAUGGUAAAAUCCAAACAGGGCCUUGCUUCUGUCCUGACCAGAGGCCUCUGUGCUACUCCAACACCUUCAACAACUUGGUGCACACUUGUGACCAACUCUGGGAUCCCUCACCUACUUACUACUUAAGAGCUGUGUUUUAUUCUGUUCUUUUAUUUUGUUUUCCAUUUCCGUGUGUGUGUAAAACCCAUGUUUCUGUGCCUCUAUGAAUGUUGGUGCAGGUGUGAAGCCAGCGUGUCCUUUGUGGAUGGACGCUAGUUAGCUCGGAGUCUAACCUGUGAAAUCGGUUGGGCGUGUCGUAGCUCAGCUGGUCUCUCAGCAUGUACACAGACGAUGCACCCAUGCAACCGUUAGCCCCCUUAGCUUUGUAUUAGAAUGUACCUUCGAUUCAUUAACCUAAUCAUUCUGCUCUUUUAUUUGUUUCUAAGAAUUAAGCCUGAUUAUUGUACAAUAUGACGUCACCGAGUACACCAUGAUAUCAAUUAACCCACAUUGGCUAACGAUCCUACCCUUACAGUAGUGUUGCCUUUAACUCCAUGUGCUCCACGUGUGGAGGAGCUCGAUAGACAAGAACAGGGUCUGUUAACUGCACUGCCCCCUGGCGGAGCAUUUGGUAUUGAGACGAAUGCCGUGCAUUCUGGAACGUGAUGUUGCCUUUGGAACACGUACAUCAAUAUUCUUGUUUUUUUUUUUGUGUCCUUAUGAUUUAGCCGCACAAGUUGUGUUGUCUGGUUUUCUUUGUUUCCUUUCAAGUGUUUCCUCCUGAGUUGUAGCCUUUUCUGUGUUCAGCUUUGCCUUUGUUGUGAAGUGUUUGCCAAAACGCACCUUAAUCUACAUGUUAAAUUCGUUGAUGUGAACGCUGCUGUCAGUGCACAUGGAACCAAGGUGGUUUAUGAUGAUUGUGUCACUCACUGACCAGUCAGCCGCCUGCUUAAGAACCGAGUUUAGGGGAGUUUUCACACUAAACCAGUUCCCGCGUGUCAUUUGCUCUGUCAAGAUGAAUUUCAAAUGCGCUAUUGUGCUCGUUGGAUGAUGUGGUCGUUAAGUUGUCUUGUGUGGUUAAAUAUACUGUAAUAUAGGUGCAUGUCAAGACAGAAAUGAAAAGAAAAGUGCAAGCAGUCUCCAGCCUUUCUUGGGUAAAGGAGGCUGACCUCAGAUUUACUCAGGAUCUACUCUACUUGCAUGGCAAGGUUCGGGUCUCUAAUGGAGCUCUUAUUUUGGAAAAAGUGUAAAGAGAACAAUCCGGCCUCUGUUUAUGAAACACAUGCUGUACGCAGAAUCUUUUCAAUAAAGUUACACAUGAUCAAGGC